CGCUAAAACUUAUUAAUUCUGUAUGUAUAUAUGGAAAAUAGUGUUAAUGCAUUAUCGUGAAUCAGCUUAAGAAAAGUUUGAAUUUUGUGAAAGUAUACGAUUUAUUCAGUCCGUUAAAGCAGAAGAGAAAUAUAUGUUUUUUUCAAUAUAUAUUUGAAUUAAGUACAAUGUCACAGCCAUCAGUAACGGCAUAUUUUAAUACACGUAAACGACAAGCUAAUGAAGAUAUCCUUAGUAAAUCGAAAGUUUUAUUGUUGGAUCAAGAGCAUAUGAAAAUGACUGAAGAAAGUGAAAUGAAAGUGAAAACGCAAAAUUUUCAACCAUUAAAACUUGUGUCUGAAAAACAAGAAGAAACUAUGGUAAUGAGUCCCAAAAUUAUAUUGAUUUCAGGAAUAAAUAAUUUAAAUAAUUUGACUUCUUCUAAAGAAAAUUCUGUUAUAUAUCCUACUAAAAUUGAUACUAAAUUAUCUAUACAGAAAAUAAAUAAAGCUUCUACACGUUCACGUUCAGCUCAAGUAUGUAAAUCAAAUCAGGAUAGGCAAACAGAUAUCCGUGAGAGUUUUCUCAAAAAAAGUAAUGAUGCUGAUAUAAAAAAAGAAAGUGUUAAAAAAGUAUUAUUUGAAAAGAAAGGUACUUUGAGUCCAAAGAAGCAACCUUUGAUGCCAAAGAAGAAUGUAGCCGAAGAUAAACAGACUGCAGUGAAUGAACAAAAUGAGUCUACCUCUGUUAUAUUUACUACACCUAAAAAGAAGACUAGAAAUGACUCCAUUAGAAAAGAUUUAGAUUUGAAUGAAAUUAAAGAUAAAAUUAAUAAAUCUGGCAGACUAGCAAAAUUAAAAGCUUCCAUUGAUCGCAUUACGAAAUGUGAUCAACGUUUAAAUGAAGUUCAGAAACGAAAUGAUUUGAAUAAACCUCAAAUACAGAAAUUUGAACAAAUUCAACUUGAAAUACCAGUCAGCCCUCAAAAGAACUUAAAAUCACCAUGCAAGGCAUUCAUGAGUCCAAAGAAAGAGUUGUUAGCUCAAACAAGUCCACAACGUCGUAUUUUAUUUGAACCUAAGGAAUCAAUUAGCCCAAUAAAGAGUAAACCUGAUAAAACUGAAGCUUAUCAAAAAUAUUUAUCGCUUGCCGAAAGUGAUAAACCAAGAUUACAAUUACCAUAUAACUACAGAUUGUUAGCAGAGAUUUUUAGAUACAUUGAUACGGUUUCAGCUAUGCUAUUUAAUCGUAAAGAAUUAAUAACAUUUAAAAAAUUGAAGCCAGCUGUUCAAGAACUUUUGCGACGCAAUGUUACAUUAGAACAUUUAGCACAAAUAAAGACUAUUUAUCCUGAUGCUUAUAACUUUCAUCAAGAAAAAGUUAAAUCAUUUGGUUCAACAUCUAAACAAGAUAAAUAUGAAUUAAUUUUAACACCAAAUGUACAAGAAGUAAAAAGUGAUUUGAAUGAACGAAAUGAAGACAAUGUCUUACAGACAGCAAAUGACGUAAGCAUGAGUCCAGCUAUAUUACUACAAAGAAAAAGGAAAUUUUAUGAAAUUUUGUUAGAUAAAGUUAAAGCAGAACAUGAGCAAUUCUUGCUUAAAUUAGAUAAACCAAUGGUCAUUCCUAAAGAGAAAAUUAUACGUUGGCAUCCUGAGUUUAAUGUCGAUGGUUGCAAGCCUAUUGAGCAAUCUGCAUUGCCGCAACCACCUAAUGUGGAAAAAGCCACUUCUGCUAAACAUGUUUUGGAAAAAGCGAAGUCCUUAUUCCAUUGUAAUACUCGUAUGGAGAAAGCUUUGCAAAGAUUGGCUGAAGCAAAAAUGACAUCAAAGUCUGUAUCUACGGAUAUAUCUUCUACUGAAGAUCCUAAUGACGAUACUGUAAAACAAGUUAAUAUUACUAUUGUUGAUUCUCCAUCAGUUACACCAACUAUAGAGAAGAGCUAUCUUGCUACGGCAUUUAAAGGCAUUCCAAAUUCUCUUCUUGAAAAGGUACGUGCAAAACAAGCUGCCAAAGCAUUAGAGACGAUGACUCGCACUCCAGAUCUAGAUAAAGAGGCGGCUCUAUAUUCUAGAUUACCAGAAUUAGCUAAGAUUCUUCGCAGUAUUUUUGUAGCUGAAAAGAAAGGAGUUUUAACUUUAGAACAUGUACUGGCGAAAUUAGACAAUUCGUUUAGAACUAAACUUACUGCCGCUGAAUUGGAGGAACAUGUGCGGAAAUUAUGCAAAUUAUUGCCUACUUGGGCUAGUAUACAUAAUGUACGAAAAACAGAUUAUUUGAAGCUUGCAAAAGAUGUUGAUUUAAUUAAAGUAACUAAAAUGUUGGAAAUUAUGGCCAAUCAUAAAGUUAAGAAAUCAUGAUGCCAAUAAAAUCAAGCAAGUAAUUUUUUUAAGUUUAUUGUAGCAAGUAAUUUAUUAUUUAUUCGUAUAUUCCAUUUUUUGCAAUGUCAUAUUUACGUAAUCUUUUUUCUAAUACAUUAUUUGCACGGGUAUAGUAAUAAUGAAUUAGUAUCUCAGAAUUGAUAUCCUUCAUGUGAAUAUACCAUGCCUAAUGAAAUUAUAUAUUUUAAUAAUACAUGUGUCAUAAAUAAAAAUGAUAUAUAAAAA